AUGUUCGCCAAAGUAGCAGUUUGCUUCGCUUGCGUGGCCGUAUUCGCCGCCCAAGCCCAAUACUACCCCGCGGCCUCUUACCCUUCCGCUGCCGUGGUGCACGCCGCCCCGGUUGCUUACUCCGCUUACCCGGCGGCCUCCUACCAACCGGUCAACCCGAACCCGGCGUACGCGUACAAGUACGGCGUGUCCGACCCGGCCACCGGUGACUACAAGACCGCCGAGGAGAGCCUGUCCAACGGCGUGGUCCAGGGACAGUACAGUCUGGCCGAACCCGACGGCACAGUCAGGACCGUGUCGUACACCGCCGACGACGUCAACGGUUUCGUAGCCCAGGUCACCAAGGGCGCCAAAGUCAUCGCCCCCGCUGCCCCAGUUUACGCGGCCCCGGCUCCGGUGUACUCUGCUCCGGCCCCGGUGUACUCUGCCCCGGCCCCGGUUUACUCCGCCCCGGUGUACGCGCCCGCCGUCCACGCCCCGGUGUACGCUCCCGCCGUUUCGUACCCGUUCCCGUACAAACGUCAAGCGUAA